AUGACUGUUCUUACUCCAGAUCCUGCAGAAAAUUGGGAUAACGACUUCGAUUUGCCGGCAGGAAACCGUCAAGCAGAUAGUUCCACGCCUCUGACGAAGGACAGAAAAAACACACUGAAGCGGUGGACGGAGCCAGGGCCGUCUACGCCAUCCAAGCGGUCGGCAGAGCAGCCGGAGAAUUGGGAUGACGACUUCAGAGACAACACGGAUUCCCCAGUCUGUACCCGUCCAUCUCGGCUACACUCAAGCAUGGAUGAGCCGGAGAAUUGGGAUGACGACUUUGUUGAGGCGAAGGAUGGCCAUUCACCCAAGAGGCGAACACCUCGCCGUCAUGCGUCGUGGGGUUCUUCCGACGAGGAGGAUGACUAUGGGUUUGGAGAUAGAGAGGAAGAUCGCACUGUGACGUCCCGUUCUCGAGGUAUUCCUCUGAACAUCCCACUCGACGUUCCCCCUCCCGUUCCCCCACUACCGUCUCCAUUCCCGGGCUCACCUAACCCCUCCGUAUUCUCCAUGCCCGUAUCGUCCAAUGGCGCCCAUGACUCAGUUGCAGCCCUCUCGUACUCUUCUACAGCACAUCUCGCAUUACGGCCGACUCUUUCAUCAGGCAGUUCUGCUCUAGCAUUGCUCCCUCCAAGUCCUCCAAUUCAUCGCGAGCGACGAAGAUUACGGAAAAAGUCACGUCCGCCACCAGUCAUGGGACCUGAUAUUCAUGAGCUCGAGGAUCGCGCGACUGUCCCAUUACAAACUCAGUCAGACCCAUCUACACCGGAGAGAAAGAGUGGCAGGUCUCUUGACGAUCCCCCUUCCGAUGCGGCUCCCACAGCGUCUGCGCCGGGCUCUGGUCCAUCAUCUGGAAAGACACCAUUAUUGUCUCGCAUCGGAUCAGUAGGUAAGAAGUGGGGCGCUGCGCGCAAGAAACGGGCGAGUACGGGCCCUAAUGAGAUCUCUCUUUACGAGCAAGAAGAGACGCGUGAGCAAGCAUCUCGUCCUCAAUCUGUGCUUGGAUCGGCAGCGUCUCCUCCCGCACCCAAAAGUGGGUGGUUUUUUCGCGGUGGUGGAAGUGGGCCGGGGCCUCCAUCGAUGGAUCGGUCGGCUCUGAGACACGAAUCCAGCGUGGACAAGCUCCUAGCCAUGGCAGGGCUCGAGCGCAAUCCUGAUUCGCCUUCGCGCCGAGGUAAAGCACGAAGCCCUGAUGGAGACCAGGCUGAGAGCGUGGAAUCCAAUCCUCCUUUACCGAGAGGCCUGGCUGAAUUUGCAGCGGGAAAUAAUAGUGUACCAUCAACCGCAGCCUUGCUAUUUGGUGUUCCAAGGCGGCCGACUUCAAUCCAAAUGCAGGCGACGAAUUCGAACUCGAGUUCAGGAUCAAGUUGGACAAGCACGCGGCCGCCUGUCCCACGGCAUGCGUCGUACGGCCACGACCUUGGUCGUCGACGAGAGACCUCAAGCAGUAGAUCUAGCUCAAAGCAACGUUCGGCUUCUGCUAGUGUGGAGGACGUAGGUAAAGCGGGCAGAGCUGUUCGGACGCGAGAGGAGAAACGAGAGGCUGUUUGUCAGCCCCGAAAUCAGUCUCCAAGUGAACAUGUCAAGGGAAAAGAAAAGGAAGGGAGCAGAUCGUUUAUGGGUGGUAUGCGAAGGAUCAGUCUCGGUGGGACCACCAAGCACAAACGGACGAAGAGCUCUGUGCCGACGAGCGAGGGCAAGCGAUCUACCCCGGCGACAGCGCUCUCUAUAUUGGAAGGUCAGCAGGACCAGACAACUCCCAGACCUCCGUCGCGUGUUGUGCGUAGUUCGCAGGAUGGGCUUCUACCACCAAUCGAACUGCAGCCUCCUUCACCGCCCUGUGUCUCACCAGAUGGCCUCACUCUUCAAGGACCUGGAUCAGAGUUUGAUUCACUCUUUUGCCCGCAACCCGCACUAGAGUCGUCACGCUCAUAUCCGGUGCUUUCUACACGCUCCUCUGUAAAUGUUGUACGCAAGUCGACGUCGUCGCCGAUCUCGCCUUCUCCUACUCCCUUGCCCUCGCCUACUCGGCCGAAACUGUCUACAUCCCCUCAGCAGGCUGCUUCCCUCGGACGCGCGACGCUAAUCUCGAAAGAUCUUCAAGCCGAAGCGAGUCCCGUCCCCCGGCGCAAUUCAUUAGGGGAUCUUAAGAUUCCGGCGAGGAUAAGUCAGGCACAGGUAGGAUUGAGGAGGGAUUUGGGGAUGGUUAGAGAGUUCGCGGCUAGUGUCGAUCAACUGAAACAGCUACAACAGGCUCAUCAUAGUCUUGUCAGCGAGAUUCAUUCAGUCAUGAGCGAAAACCUAUCCCAAUCACCGACAUCUCAGCCCCGUGCCCUAACUCCGACUUUCUUUAACCUCCCAAGGCCGGCAUCCCGAUCACGAUCAAAUACAAACCCUACUCCUUCACAGGCGCUCCAGACGCCUCAUGACCUGGUCCUUGCAUUUCAUACUAUUGAAGCGCGCUACCAACUCUCUUGGGAAUGUGCUGAGUUGCUCAUUGACCUGGGCAGCGGAGCUCCGUCCACCGCGCCAGCUUCAGCCCCCAUAUCGUCUCCUAGUUCGGAUACACCUGCCUCGACUAAUAUCCCUGUUGAUAGUCGGAAGAGUCGCGAACGUGCAAUCACUCUGGCUGGUGACGAGCCGAAGCCAAUCAUUGGGCCCCUGCCUAGCACUGUCAGCCCCACCAAUACUGCUCAAUGGCGUGCAUCUACGGGCAGACAUGAUCUUAGCUCCCGCCAGCUCAUUCUUCUACGUGAGAUGUUGAACCCAGACCCAUCCGCGACCAUGACUCUUGAUCGACAUCUUCCUAUCCCUGAGGAAGAGAGAAGCUUGAGUCCUGUGAAUCGUAGCUGGCGUUGGGGUGACGUCUCUGGGAGCACUGUGACUUUGCCCAGUGAGGACGGAACGCAAGCUAGUGGAUCAGGUACAUCCAUCGGGAAUGCCAAGAAGCAGAAGCGGAGAAGCAGCCGCCUUGGGAUGCGUGGUCUAAGGGAUAUGCUGAAGUCCCUCAAAAAGACCUAUUCUGAGGGUCCCCCAAUGCUCCCACCACUCUCGGCUAUCGCUGCGUCAACAGUAUCCGUGUCUGCCAGUACUGACUCGUCGCUCAACCACGACGUAAGCGAGUUCAAGUCUAAGUCAUUGGUACAGCGUCGACGUGCAAAGACGAGCACGGGUCCAGAGUCGAUGAAGUCGACCAGAGAGCUUGAUAGGCAUCCUAACUCUCCCUACGGCACUUCCAUGUCUCUCACGCAUAGAUCCUCCCCUCGUCGACCCUCCCUGGCCUCUAUCUUUCGUCUGGGGCAGAAGAGUAAACCCGCUUCUUCUAGUAAUGAGCAAUCUUCGGAUGAUUUAAAAGCAUCUGAAACGAUCUCUAGUGUCAGCGGUUCGCAUCAAACAGCCGCCAGUCGUAGUAGAUUGCCUGAGGAAGAGGAUUGGGAUCGAGUUGAAUCUGUUGCAGAUUUAGAACAGGCGGCGCGAGUACUGGAUCUGCCCUUUGACGGCACUGCUACCGUCCGACUCAAGAAGGGAAAGUCCCCGUACCUCGCGCAACGGGAUAUCCCUCCAGAAACGCCCCAUCGUUCACCCAGCGCUUCCCAAUCUUCCAUCUGGAGUGCUGACCGUUCUCCGCAGAAGACGUCGUCGACCACCCAAUCAGUGCUGCUAUCACCUACCUCUCGUCUCCGCCAGCUCACAGAGAGGAAGGCGAACCGCCAGGCAAGGCCGUCGUCGCGAGGUAAGGACAGGCCAACUGCACCUAGCCCCAGCCCCAAGCGUCCGUCUUCCCGGAAUCAUCGGGGAGGGCUCUCGGGCUCAGUGCGUUCCGCGCCAUCUCGACCCCUGGAAAGUCCCGAUUCGCAGUUGGGCGGAAACACUGAGAUGGGCUUGAAGCUUGCUAUGACUCCUGAGAACAUCAAACCUCUGAUGGAGAAUGCGCGUGAGGUGCAUGCUCGGUGCAGCGAGUGCGUGCUUGAACUUCGAGCUCUCCUCGCUGCGACAUCGCCCUCUACAUAA